AUGAAGAACUCAUUACAAUUGCUCUGUCUCGCUUUUGCUCUGUUUGCUCUCUUCUCAUCUCCUUCCUCCUCCGUCGUCCCUUCCGCCGCUCCUUCUCCCGCCGUAACUACCGCCACCAAAGGCAGUGGAGAUGAAACCAAUGAAACCGACUUCUCCGCCUUCAUGCAAUGGAACAUUUUAGACCUCUCCGAUCUCAAAAACACCUUCAAAAACCUCCCGGAUCUCUCUAACCUCAACAUCUCCUCCCUCCACGUCUCACCCGUCGUCGACUCCGUCUGCUCCGGCACCGACUACGCCGCCGAAUGCAUCGUUUCGAUCCUCCCGCUCCUCCGUGACUUCCGCAAAUUCGAGCCAAAACCCAUCGACGUACUACGAAUGGAGAUGAGUUCGCUCUACGAGAAAGCUAACGCCACGCUCGACUUAGCCAAGCGUCUUAUCGUUGACCAGUCAACGUCUCGUGACGUGGCGGAUGUGUUGGACUUGUGUGUCGAUAACUACGAGUCGCUUCUCGAAGAUCUCAAAGAUGCUUCUGUAGCCCUCGAUGAUGGAGACUUUGGACGGCUCGAGAGUGUGGUAAGUGCUGCGAUUGCUGAUGUGGUGACUUGUUCGGACGCGUUCACUGAGUCGCCGGAGCUUGAAUCACCGAUGGCUAAUGUUGAUGCUUUCCUCAAGAAGCUUUGUAGCAAUGUCUUGGCUAUUUCUCAGAUGAUCUACAUGUGA